CAAAACAAAUAUACUACUCACAGAGUUAAUUUCGGCUUGGACAUGCUCGUAAUUAGCUCAUACCAAAAUAAUUUUUGAAUUGAGUAGUUAAUUUCCAGGAACAAUAGAUGGUACAUAAAAAAAAUUGGUUGUAAGUCAUAGAUACGAUUUUACUUCUGUAUUUUUUAAAUAAGUUACAAAAAAUGGAAAACACGUUUUUGGAAACGCCUUUGAUGGCCUUGUCAUACAAAACAAGAUAUUUACUUUCCACAAUGCUGAACACAGAAAAAUGUGUACCAGCGACAACUGGAUUUAUGAGAGAUUGGAGAGGAAUAGCUGAUGUUUGUUCAGUUGAUAAAAAUGCAUACCAAAAUCUACAUUUAAAUGUAGAUCAUAUUGGUCUGAUAUUUGAGAUUAUUCAAAAGGACAACACAGAUUUUACAGUUAAAGAUUUUGUAAAUGCUCUAGUACAAAUACAAAGAUUUGAUGUUAUUGACGAUUGUAAACUUAUGUUUGAACAAGAUUGUAAACAAUACCUAGAUAGAGUAGAAAAGGCUACUAAAUCAAAACCAAUUAAAGCAGAUGAGUCUACAAAGGGCAAAAAGAUUUUAACUUAUGAUGAUCAAGUACAAAUACAAUUAGGUAAAGAUGAAAAGCAAUAUGAUGCUUUUAUUUUAUAUGCAGAUGAAGAUGCUCAAUUUGCUAAAGAAUUGAUGGAUAAUUUGGAGGGUCAUUACGACUUACAGAUUUGUGAUAGAGAAAGAGAUUUAGUACCUGGUACUACAUUUGAGCAUGAUGCUAUACUGACUCUCAUAUCAGAAAGAUGUCGCAAACUUUUAACUAUUUUCUCACCAGCUUUCUUUGAAAGCGAAGUAAAUAAAUUUUUUCUCAACUUUGGAGCAGCUCAAGGAAUAAGUGUAGGAUCAGGAAUGAUUAUUCCAUUGGUGUACAAACAAUGCAAUCUACCACCUAAUGUUAUGUAUUAUACAAAAGUAUACUACCAAAACAAUGACAGAGAACUAUUUUACUCAAGGCUAGUAAGAUCUAUAAAACCACCUAUUCUGACUUCAAAAGAAAGACAAAACAGAGGUGCAAUAAAAAAUUCAGGAAAUUUAGAGAAAUAUAAAAAACCAAUAAAUGGUAAAAAGGACGAAAAAAUGCAGGCAGGAGCUACUAAAAAACCAAUCCAACCUUCACUAGAGUCUAAUAAAACCAAGUCUGAAAAAUCUAAAUUAUCAUGGAAUAUGAGUGGUUGGAAGAAGAAAGUGGAACAAGAGUCUAAUGAAGAUGUAAAACUUCCAUCACUAGAUGAUUUAGAUUCUCUAAAUAAUGUAGAACUGAAUGAAAAUAAAAAGAGUCAAUCCAAAGAACAAAAUCCUCAGCAGUCAGAGCAGGAAGAAAAACAAAAUCAAAAUGGUUUGAAUAAUGGAAAACAUGAAGCAAAUGAUGGACUUGCAUCCCGAGAACAAAAUCCCCAGCAAUCAGAGCAGGAAGAAAAACAAAAUCAAAAUGGUUUGAAUAAUGGAAAACAUGAAGCAAAUGAUGGACUUGCAUCCCAAGAACAAAAUCCCCAGCAAUCAGAGCAUGAAGAAAAACAAAAUCAAAAUGGUUUGAAUAAUGGAAAACAUGAAGCAAAUGAUGCACUUGCAAGUCCAUGUAAAAAUAAACCACCAGUGAGUCCAAGUAGAGUUAGCAGCUCAGAAAACAGUGAAGCUGGUGCGAUUCCAAAGAACACCCCGACAAGUUUAGAAAAGAAAAACACACCAACAAGCUCAGAAAAAAGAAAAACACCAACGAGCUUAGAGAAAAAGAAAUCAAUCACUCCAAGAGAUCUUACUUCUUUAUUUUCAAAAACAUUUGGUUCUUGGAAGAAGAGAAAAGAAACGAAACAGGUACCAGUUGAAGAUAUGGAGUUUCCAACACUUGAAGGAUUAGAUUCUUUAAAUGAUUUGGAUUCAUCUAAAAAUACUCAAGGUCAAGCUGAACAACAAAAUUCCGAGCAACUGCAACUGGAAGAACAAAAUGUUGAAAUAAGAGAAAAUGAACCCAUAAUUGUAGGAGCAAUCAGGAAGUCAACAUCUUCAUCGGAACAGAAAUUACCAGAAUGUCCGCAAGAAAUGGUAGAGCCAGCUAGCCCAGAACCAAAUGAAGCAUCUUCAAGUCGAAAAAAAGAGAAAAAACAAAAAAGAACGAAGAGAGAUUCCUCACCAUCUAAUUUAGAAGAAAAAUCAAAAGGUACAAAAGUGCAAAGGUACCUCAGGAGAGUUAUGCAGAAAGAUAAGACUUCAGAAUAAUAAUGCAAUUUUUUACUUGAAAUUAUUAUAUGAUAAGUUUGACUGUAUAAAAGUUGUAAAAAAAGUUAAAAUGUGUAAAUAGAUCAUCUAAUUCAUAAGAGCAAAAGUGAUAGAAUAAUUAAAAAAAAGUAUCAUUUGAUCUA